ACCUUAGCCUAUUCAUGUCACUUGAACCAUCGUACUUCUUUGUUCUCUGUGGGAUCUGAUCUACUAAUCCGCUCCGCGAUAUGAAAUACUAGAGAUGAACAAGGACCGAACAUUAACCUAGUUGGCCUCCAGUAGCAGUGCAACCUUGUCUCCACUCGAAUCCAUGGAUAGCAGCGGUGCGCAAAAAGGGGCUUAGCGUGUUUGAAAGGAGAACGACGUCAAACAAGAUCAUUGUUUCCAUUUAACGCGAUGACCCAGCUACCAUAUCUCAUAAAACAAAGGAAGAGGAUCUUUCCGACGAGAGCUCCACAGCAAGCUACGACUACGAAAUUGUCGAUUCUUGAUGCUUCAGUUGCGCGAUUCGCACCAUGCAGCGCAAUCUGGCUUUAUGACAGGACCGAAAAGGCCAAUGCGCACGAUCCUAUCGUCUUCGAACGCCUAGAAACGGCGCUGAGCCGGACACUGGACGAUUACUCACACUUUUCGGGCCAACUCCGAUGGGCUUCCAAGGAGCACGUGGAGAAUGAUGUCAAUCCACGCUAUGGUCGUCCGAUUGUCACAUACGGCACACCAGACGAUCCUGGGGUUGAGUUAGUCAUCGCUGAGGACGCCCGGGACCUUAGCUCCAUCGUGCCGAGUCCAAAUGAAAGGUUGACGACGAAACAGAUCUGGAAUGCAACAAACUUUCCUCAGAAUGAUUUCCAGCCCGAAACAGAGCUUGCGCUCUCCGACUCGACACGCUUUGAGGGCCUGCCAGGCGUCGCUGUCCAGUUAACCGUCUUCAAAUGCGGAGGAUACGCUGUGAGCGUCAAGCUUGCGCACUGCCUCUCCGAUGCUAUGUGUCUCAUGCAGUUUGCUCAUGCAUGGGCGGCGCAGUCACGACUCCUUUUCGAAGAUGGCUGGGAUACUACUAAAAUCAACGGCGAAGAGCGUAUAGUGCCAUUAUUCGACCCCAGGCAGUUAGACCAGUAUGCCGACCUAACGACUGAACCAGAUCCCGAAAAGAUCAAGAAAGCAAGAGCCUUACCAAUGCAUCGAUACGACUGGUGGGCUAAAGAUGCUCCCGGCUAUCCUUCCUGGGCCGAAGCAUCGACGAAUGGCACAAAGCCGCCAGCGGAGGAACUGGCCCACCUAGAACUAAGCCCUUCCACAUUUCCCCCUUGGCCAACGUGGAAUAUGGCAGCUCCAGUAGAGCACGUACAGAUCCGUUUCAAAGCUGAAGCUGUCGCCAAUAUGAAAAGAGCCGCCGAAACAAGCCUCCCCGAGCCUCUGAAGGGACAGCGCAUCUCGCGCCUCGAUUCUGCCUUGGCACAUGUAUGGAUUUUAAUCAACCGUGCACGUCAGCAUGAAAAUACGCAGGACGAUGUGUACAUGGAUAUUACUCUUGGGGUCCGUAGUCGAGUUGAUCCGCUAUUGCCAGAUACUUUCGCAGGCUCUCCGAUCCUAUUAGGCUACAUCGCUAAACCGGGCUUCGAGGCGAGUACUACGACUAUCGGUGCAGUUGCUGGCUCGAUACGAGAGAUUAUGUCUCGAUUUACUCCCGAUGCCGUGUCCGCUUAUAUCCACGAUGCUGCUCAUGAGGUUAGCCCUCAACGUUUAUGGCAGGCUUUCCUUGGCUCAAGGCACACGCUCGUGACGUCUUGGGUUCGGGCUCGUGCUUACGAAGUUGACUUUUGCGCGACGCAAAAACUGGCUCGGUAUGUGCAAGGAGUAAUGCCCCGGAUGGACGGAUUAGUCCAAGUCAUGGAUAUUGCGGACACUGGAGAUUUCGACAUUAGUAUAUGUCUGGAGAGGAAAACGAUGCAGCGAUUUCUUCAAGAUCCUAUGUUGAGUGUCUACGGAAUCUGAGAGACAGAUACUUGUAGGUAUCUACCCCACCAAUGGAAUAGGAGUAGGUAUUCCACCUAUGAAUAUUAAGAGUAGAAUUAGAAAAAGAAGUAGAAGGGAGAGGAACGAUCGUAUAUAUCAGUAUUCUAUAAGGCGCAUAAACGAUUAAUAUAGCGAUCAUGUUUGAA